AUGAAGAGUGCUCUCACUUUUGAAACGCUUGCUCGGUGUUCUACAACAAAAGCUCGUGCAUCGAUCUUGACAUUGCCACAUGGACCCGUCAAUACUCCAGUCUUUAUGCCAGUGGGCACUCAGGGCACUUUGAAGGGCUUGACACCUCGUCAACUAGAAGAUCUCAACUGUCAAAUCAUGCUCAACAACACAUACCACUUGGGACUUAAACCUGGUCAAGAAACACUCGAUCUUGUUGGAGGUGCACACAAGUUUCAACAGUGGAAUAGAAACCUCUUGACGGAUAGUGGAGGAUUCCAAAUGGUCUCGUUGCUAAAGCUGGCCAAGAUCACAGAGGAAGGUGUACAAUUCGCUUCUCCUCAUGACGGCUCAUUGAUGAUGCUUACGCCCGAGCACUCCAUGUCGCUUCAAAACUCAAUUGGUGCCGACAUCAUGAUGCAACUCGAUGAUGUGAUUUCUUCAUUGACAACCGGACCUCGUGUGGAAGAAGCCAUGUGGCGAUCGAUUCGAUGGCUUGAUCGUUGUAUUGCAUCGCACAAGAAUACCGAUCGACAAAACUUGUUUGCUAUCAUUCAAGGUGGAUUGAAUAAGGAGUUGAGGAAAAAGUGUGUCGAGGAAAUGGCCAAACGUGAUACACCUGGUUAUGCUGUCGGUGGUCUGAGUGGCGGCGAAGAAAAGAAUGAAUUCUGGCAAAUUGUCUCGCUUUGCACGGAUUUAUUGCCAAAGAACAAGCCAAUCUAUUGUAUGGGUGUAGGAUAUGCGGAGGAUUUGGUUGUAUGUGUUGCACUCGGUGUUGACAUGUUUGAUUGCGUUUUUCCGACUCGUACAGCACGAUUCGGCAAUGCGUUGACUAUGAAAGGCACACUCUCGCUCAAGUCUGGCAAAUUUGCAAACGACUUUGGUCCAAUCGAAGAAGGAUGCGAGUGCUCCACAUGCAAAGAAUACACCCGAUCCUAUGUACAUUUGGUCACAACACGAGAUACGGUGGGCUGUCAUUUAGUAUCCAUUCACAAUGUUGCCUUCCAACUACGGUUGAUGCGUGAAAUGAGAGAAGCUAUCCAAGCAGACGAAUUCCCAGCAUGGAUUAAGCAAUUCUUUGCCGGCUACUUUGGUGACAAGAGCAAAUAUCCAGAAUGGGCAAUCAAUGCAUUACGAAGCGUGAAUGUAGAUCUUUUAGCAUAG